CCCGCCCACCCGCCCUUUAUAAUCCGGGGGUCUGCACGGCCGAGGACCCCCGGGCUGCGCUCUUCUCCGCUGCCGCCUCCGCCUCGCCCCACUCAGCUCUCCCCUCCUGCCUCCAGAAGGGCUGGGCUUGCCGAGGCUUGGCGGGAAAAAGAAGCGAGGGGAGGGAUCCUGAGCCGCAGUAUAAAAGAAGCUUUUCGGGCGUUUUUUUUCUGACUCGCUGUAGUAAUUCCAGCGAGAGACAGAGGGAGUGAGCGGGCGGGUUGGAAGAGCCCAGUGUGCAGAGCCGCACUCCGGGCGUCUUAGGAAGGCAGCUCUGGAGUGAGAGGGGCUUUGCCUCCGAGCCUGCCGCCCGCUCGCCUCAACCCUCCGGCUGACCCAACAUCAGCGGCCGCAACCCUCGCCGCCGCUGGGAAACUUUGCCCAUUGCAGCCGGCAGACACUUUUCACUGGAACUUACAAUCUGCGAGCCAGGACAGGACUCCCCAGGCGCCGGGGAGGGAAUUUUUGUCUAUUUGGGGACAGUGUUCGCUGACUCUGCCCGCGAUCGGCUCCUCUGAAAAGAGCUCCUCGCGCUAUUUGAAGGCUGGAUUUCCUUUGGGCGGUAGAAAACCCGCAGACAGCCACGACGAUGCCACUCAACGUGAACUUCGCCACCAACAGGAACUAUGACCUCGACUACGACUCCGUGCAGCCCUAUUUCAUCUGCGACGAGGAAGAGAAUUUCUAUCACCAGCAACAGCAGAGCGAGCUGCAGCCGCCCGCGCCCAGUGAGGAUAUCUGGAAGAAAUUCGAGCUGCUGCCCACCCCGCCCCUAUCCCCCAGCCGCCGCUCCGGGCUCUGCUCUCCAUCCUAUGUUGCGGUCGCUACGUCCUUCUCCCCUAGGGAAGACGAUGACGGCGGCGGUGGCAACUUCUCCACCGCUGAUCAGCUGGAGAUGAUGACCGAGCUACUUGGAGGAGACAUGGUGAACCAGAGCUUCAUCUGCGAUCCUGACGACGAGACCUUCAUCAAGAACAUCAUCAUCCAGGACUGUAUGUGGAGCGGUUUCUCGGCCGCUGCCAAGCUGGUCUCGGAGAAGCUGGCCUCCUACCAGGCUGCGCGCAAAGACAGCGCCAGCCUGAGCCCCGCCCGCGGGCACAGCGUCUGCUCCACCUCCAGCCUGUACCUGCAGGACCUCACCGCCGCCGCGUCCGAGUGCAUUGACCCCUCCGUGGUCUUUCCCUACCCGCUCAGCGACAGCAGCUCGCCUAAAUCCUGUACCUCGUCCGAUUCCACGGCCUUCUCUCCUUCCUCGGACUCGCUGCUGUCCUCCGAGUCCUCCCCACGGGCCACCCCUGAGCCCCUAGUGCUGCAUGAGGAGACACCGCCCACCACCAGCAGCGACUCUGAAGAAGAACAAGAGGAUGAGGAAGAAAUAGAUGUGGUGUCAGUGGAAAAGAGGCAAACCCCUGCCAAGAGGUCGGAGUCAGGCUCAUCUCCAUCCAGAGGCCACAGCAAACCUCCACACAGCCCACUGGUCCUCAAGAGGUGCCACGUCUCAACUCACCAGCACAAUUAUGCAGCACCCCCCUCCACGAGGAAGGACUAUCCAGCUGCCAAGAGGGCCAAGUUGGACAGUGGCAGGGUCCUGAAACAGAUCAGCAACAACCGCAAAUGCUCCAGCCCCAGGUCCUCAGACACCGAGGAGAACGACAAGAGGCGGACACACAACGUCUUGGAACGCCAGAGGAGAAAUGAGCUGAAGCGCAGCUUUUUUGCCCUUCGUGACCAGAUCCCUGAGUUAGAAAACAACGAAAAGGCCCCCAAGGUAGUGAUCCUCAAAAAAGCUACCGCCUACAUCCUGUCCAUUCAAGCAGAUGAGCACAAGCUCACCUCUGAAAAGGACUUAUUGAGGAAACGGCGAGAACAGUUGAAACACAAACUCGAACAGCUUCGAAACUCUGGUGCAUAAACUGACCUAACUCGAGAAGGAGCUGGAAUCUCGUGAGAGUAAGGAGAACGGUUCCUUCUGACAGAACUGAUGCGCUGGACUUCAAAUGCAUGCUCAAAGCCUAACCUCACAACCUUGGCUGGGGCUUUGGGACUGUAAGCUUCAGCCAUAAAGUUAACUGCCUCAAACUUAAAUAGUACAAAAGAACUUUUUUUUAUGCUUCCCAUCUUUUUUCUUUUUCCUUUAACAGAUUUGUAUUUAAUUGUUUUUUUAAAAGAAAUCUUAAAGUUUACCCUCUUUCCCUUUGUAAAUAAAACCUUUAAAUGUAAAUAACUUUAAUAAAACGUUUAUAACAGUUAUACAAGAUUUUAAGACAUGUAUGAUAAACCAUAAUUUUUUUUAUUUAAAGACAUUUUCAUUUUUAAAGUUGAUUUUUUUCUAUUGUUUUUAGAAAAAAAUAAAAUAAUUGGAAAAAUAUAAUUGAC